AUGAACAGUGACCAGUCUAUGGGAAUAACUAUUACAUUCAAAGAUGGACACCACUCUACUGAACAGAGCAGGAUCCAUCAGGAGAGACCAGACUCCCCGGUACCCAGCUGUGGGUCCAUGAACAGUGACCAGUCUAUGGGAAUACCUAUUACAUUCAAAGAUGGACACCACUCUACUGAACAGAGCAGGAUCCAUCAGGAGAGACCAGACUCCCCUGUACCCAGCUGUGGGUCCAUCAAGAGUGACCAGUCUAUGGAACCACCUAUUUAUUUCCAAGAUGGACACCACUCUACUGAACAGAGAGGCCACCAGGAGAGUUCAGAUGUUCUCAGUAGUCAGUCUUUGCAGGAGCAUCAAACAGACCUGGACUAUAUAUUUAUGCUGCUUGAGGAGAAGGUUGUCACUUUUGUAAAGAAGGAGCUGAAGAGGUUCCAGAAGGUUCUCAGUCAAGAUUACCCAGAGUGCAUAGAGAGACAGAGGGAGGAGGAGGAGGAGCAGAGGAGGCGUGCCAGAGAGGCACUUCUGAAGAUCACACUGCACUUCCUGAGGAGUAUGAAGCAGGAGGAGCUGGCUGACACUCUGGAGAGCAAAACCCUUGUUCCCUUGUGCCAGAGUAAACUCAAAGCAGCUCUGAAGAAGAAGUUUCAGUGUUUGUUUGAGGGUGUUGCUAAACCAGGAGAGUCAACACUUCUGAAUCAGGUCUACACAGAGCUCUACAUCACAGAGGGAGGGAGUGGAGAGAUCAAUAAUGAACAUGAGCUCAGACAGAUUGAAGCAGCAUCCAGGAAACCAGCGAGACCAGAAACACAAAUCAAAUGUGAAGACAUCUUUAAACCCUUACCUGGACAAGAUAAACCAAUCAGAACAUUGAUGACAAGGGGAGUGGCUGGCAUCGGGAAAACAGUCUUAACACAGAAGUUCACUCUGGACUGGGCUGAAGACAAAACCAACCACAAUAUGCACUUCAUGUUUCCAUUCACAUUCAGAGAGCUGAAUGUGCUGAAAGAUAAAAAGUUCAGCUUGGUGGGACUUCUUCAUCACUUCUUUAUUGAAACCAAAGAAGCAGGAAUCUGCAGCUUUGAUGAGUUCCAAGUUGUGUUCAUCUUUGAUGGUCUGGAUGAGUGUCGACUUCCUCUGGACUUCCAGAACAAUGAGAUCUCGACUGAUGUCACAAAAUCCACCUCAGUGGAUGUGCUGCUGACAAACCUCAUCAAAGGGAAUCUGCUUCCCUCCGCUCACCUCUGGAUAACCACACGGUCCGCAGCAGCCAACCAGAUCCCUCCUAAGUGGGUUGACUUGGUGACGGAGGUGAGAGGGUUCACUGAUCCACAGAAGGAGGAGUACUUCAAGAAGAGAUUCAGAGAUAAGAAGCAGGCCAGAAGAAUCAUCUCACACAUCAAGACAUCACGAAGCCUCCACAUCAUGUGUCACAUCCCAGUCUUCUGUUGGAUCACUACUACAGUUCUGGAUCACGUGUUGAGAACAGAUGAGAGAGGAGAGAUGCCCAAGACCCUGACUGAGAUGUACAUCCACUUCCUGGUGGUUCAGUCCAUCCAGGAGAAUGUGAAGUAUCAUGGGAGAGCUGAGACAGAGCCACACUGGAAUACAAAGAGCAGGGAGAUGAUUAUGUCUCUGGGAAAACUGGCAUUUGAACAGCUGGAGAAAGGCAACCUGAUCUUCUAUGAAGCAGACCUGACAGAGUGUGGCAUUGAUAUUAAAGCAGCCUCAGUGUAUUCAGGAGUGCUCACACAGAUCUUUAAAGAAGAGUGUGGGCUGUACCAGGACAAGAUCUUCUGCUUUGUCCAUCUGAGCAUUCAGGAGUUUCUGGCUGCUCUUUAUGUCUUUGUCUCAUUCAUCAACACUGGAGUAAACGUACUGUCAGAAACACAGUCAACCUCCUACUGGUUUAAUCUAUUUACACUAUUUAGAUAUAAACCUAUACUACCAGACCACUACCAGACAGCAGUGGACAAGGCCUUAGAGAGUCCAAACGGACAUCUGGACUUGUUCCUGCGCUUCCUCCUGGGCCUCUCACUGGAACCCAAUCAGAAUCUCCUACGAGGCCUGCUGGGAAAGACAGGAAGAAAGUCACAGACCAAUCAGAAAACAGUCCUGUACAUCCAGGAGAAGAUCAGGGGGGAUCUCUCUCCAGAGAGAAGCAUCAAUCUGUUCCACUGUCUGAAUGAACUGAAUGACCAUUCUCUAGUGGAGGAGAUCCAACAGUACCUGACAUCAGGAAGACUCUCCACAGAUCAACUCUCUCCUGCUCAGUGGUCAUCUCUGGUCUUCAUCUUACUGUCUUCAGAAAAGGAGCUGGACGUGUUUGACCUGAAGAAAUACUCUGCUUCGGAGGAGGGUCUUCUGAGGCUGCUGCCAGUGGUCAAAGCCUCCAAUGCAGCUCUGUUGAGUUCCUGUAAUCUGUCAGACAGCAGCUGUGAAGUUGUUUCCUCAGUUCUCAGCUCAGACUCCUCUAGUGUGAGAGAGCUGGACCUGAGUAACAAUGAUCUGCAGGAUUCAGGAGUGAAGCUGCUCUCUGCUGGACUGGGGAGUCCACAAUGUAGACUGGAAACUCUCAGGUUGAGUUCCUGUAAUCUGUCAGACAGUAGCUGUGAAGUUGUGUCCUCAGUUCUCAGCUCAGACUCCUCUAGUGUGAGAGAGCUGGACCUGAGUAACAAUGAUCUGCAGGAUUCAGGAGUGAAGCUGCUCUCUGCUGGACUGGGGAGUCCACAAUGUAGAUUGGAAACUCUCAGGUUGAGUUUCUGUAAUCUGUCAGACAGAAGCUGUGAAGUUGUGUCCUCAGUUCUCAGCUCCGACUCCUCUACUGUGAGAGAGCUGGACCUGAGUAACAAUGAUCUGCAGGAUUCAGGAGUGAAGCUGCUCUCUGCUGGACUGGGGAGUCCACAAUGUAGACUGGAAACUCUCAGGCUGUCGGGCUGUCUGGUCACAGAGGAAGGUUGUUCUUCUCUGCUCUCAGCUCUGAGCUCCAACCCCUCCCAUCUGAGAGAGCUGGACCUGAGCUACAACCAGCCAGGAGACUCAGGAGGGGAGCUGCUCUCUGCUGGACUGGAGGAGCCACACUGGAGACUGGACACUCUCAGACUGGACCAUGCUGGAGUGUGCAGGUUGACACCAGGUGUGAGGAAGUAUGCCUGUGAACUCACACUGGACCCAAACACUGCACACAGAGACCUCCUUCUGUCUGAGGACAACAGAAAGGUGACGCGGUUGAGGGAGGAGCAGUCGUAUCCUGAUCAUCCAGACAGAUUUGACUUGUCGAGACAGGUUCUAUGUAGAGAGAGUCUGACUGACCGCUGUUACAUGGAGGUAAAGUGGGAAGGAGGGGUUUCUAUAGGAGUGACUUACAGAGGAAUCAGAAGGAGAGGAAGAAGUGAUGACUGUGUUCUUGGAUGGAAUGAAAAGUCCUGGGGUCUGUUCUGUUGUAGUGAUAGGUACGCUGCCUGGCAUAAUAAAAGAGUAUCAGAGAUACGUAUCUCCCCCUCCUCCUCUGACAGAGUAGGAGUGUAUCUGGACUGGUCUGCUGGAACUCUGUCCUUCUACAGAGUCUCCUCUGACACCCUGACACACCUCCACACCUUCACCUCCACAUUCAAUGAACCUCUCCAUGGUGGAUUUGGGUUUGAAUUACGCGGCUCCUCAGUGUGUCUGUGUUAG